AUGCCAUCGAUACAGAUCGAGUCCGAGCUAUGUUCCACGAACCGCGAGAUCAACAUGAAUCUCGAUUGGAACCAACUUUGUGAGAAAUUGAGCCAAUUGAGUGGGGUUCUUCCUGCCGAUAUGGAAUUAAGAUUUGAAUUUAGAGAUAAAACCACCAAGACUGUGACAGCUCCCUGUGAGAAAACAGGACCAUUUGGGGAGUUUCUGAAACAAACUCCUGUGUUGCUACACAUCACAGAUGUGAAUUCUGGAUCUUUGGCUCACGAACUAGCACAGGACAUGGCCAGAUCAGAAAACAAUUCUGAUCCAUUGUCUAAACAUUUCACUCUUUCUGAAGAAGACUACAAAAAAAGAGACGAUUCUGUUUUGCAAUGGAAAAAAAACACUGGACUUGGAAGCUACGAUCCACAGUAUCGCGCUAAACUGGAUCAAGAGUUACAGCGACAGAAAGAAUGGGCCCAGCGCCUCACUUUGAACGAGCGGUGUCGUGUUACCACUCCAAACAGUGGUCUCGAAAGAAGAGGUUGGUUGCGCUACGUGGGACAUCUGCCUCACACAAGAUCCAAGGAUCAAGGUAUAUGGUGUGGCGUGGAGUUUGACGAGCCCUGUGGCAAAAAUGAUGGUUCACUUGACGGAGAAGUCUUAUUUGGGCCAGUGAAGCCUUCUUAUGGGGGGUUUGUGAAGCCCACCAGUGUGGAAACCUCGUCAGAGUUCCAACCGCUGGACAUUGAUCUGAAUUCCGAUGAUGACGAUGACGAAGAACUGUGA